GGUGCUGGACCUCCGGAGAAAGCGGAGAGUGAGCCGGGUUAUUAUAUUACCUUCUGAUCCGUUUCCUGUCAGUUUUCUCAGUUUUUGUUUUUGACAGUUGUUUCAGGAGAAACUCUGCUGUUCGCUUCGUCUAGACCAAGAAAACUUUGCGCUGACAGACAUAAAAAUGGAGAUAGAGAAGGAAGUGAAGAAGAUGACCCUGGGCCACGAGUUUGGUGCUGGAGCAGCCUGUUUGAAAUGCAAGGACAAGUGUGAAGGCUUUGAGCUGCAUUUCUGGAGAAAAAUCUGCCGAAACUGCAAAUGUGGCCUCACAGAGCACGAUGUGGCGAUGAACUCGGAGGAGAACAAGAAGGUGGGCAAGUUGUUCGAGGACACCAAAUACACCGGCCUCAUCGCCAAGCUGAAGACAGACGGCAUCCCCAGCUACCAGGGCAACAUGGUCACCAUCACUCUGCCCACCCCUGCUACUGCCUGCAUCGUACCACCAAGUGCUUCUGCCACUAUUGUGCCCCCCUCUGCCACAGCUGGUUCUGUACAGCCUGCUGGAGCCUCUACAGGUACAGCACCCAGCAGUGCUCCAGCCCAGGCCCGUGCUCAGACCCAGGCUCAGCCUCAGCUUCAGCCCGUUCCAGCAGGUGUUACACCAGUGAAGGCCAACAAAGUGCCGUACGCUGUCAGCGCCACAUCAGCCAGUGUGACACCAGUUCCCAAAGAUGUGCCAAUGAAGUCUGUCACCUAUGAAUGGGCACCACCAGUAACCAAUAAGUAUCUGGCAGUGCGUUACAUUGAGCUGCUCCCGCCAGAGAAACGUCCGGUGGCCGGUACAGAGGGAGCUGUUUACCGUCGGCAGCAGAUGGCCCGCCAGCUGCCUGAGCACGACCAGGACCCGUCCAAGUGCCACGAGCUUAGUCCUGCCGAGGUCAAGCAAAUGCAGCAAUUCGUCCGCAAGUACAAGGAUGAGGCCCUGGGGGUUGGAGACGUUAUGCUGCCUGAAGAGAUGGCUCUGGUUCAGGCAGGAGGGAAGGGUGGAGUUGGGGGUGUUGGGGUUGAAGGUGCACCUGGUGCUGGAGGGGCAGGGUUUGGCCCCGGCAGUGGUACACCUGGAGCUGCGGCUGGCACUGGUGGUGGAGGGGCUGGGUUUAAACCGGGAGUCGCUGGCGCUGGCGCUGGUGCUGGUGCUGGGGCUGGGACUGGCGCUGGCGCUGGGGCUGGGUUUAGACCUGGAGUUGGAGUUGCCAGUGCUGGAGCUGGCUCUGGGCCGGGGGCUGCAGGCUCUGGUGUUGGGCCUGUGGGUGGGGUUGGAGUGGGCACUGGCUUUGGACCUGGAGCAGGCGGUAGCGGUGCAGGAGUUGGAGCUGGUGGUGCUGGACCAUUUUCAGGGCCUGGUACUGGACCAUCUGCUGGCUUUGAGCCAGCUGGAGGAGCCAUGGGCACUGCUGCCACUGCUGGAGCCAUGGGCAUCCCUGGAGCUCAGCAAGCUGGACUACCACAACAGAACUUUUCGUGCCAUCAGUGCCAGCAGCCGAUGCGUCUGGGUGAGCCAGCUGUCUAUGCUGAGCGGGCCGGCUACGACAAGCUGUGGCACCCAGCAUGCUUUGUGUGUUGUACCUGCAAUGAACUACUGGUGGACAUGAUCUACUUCUGGAAGAAAGGCAAGCUGUACUGCGGACGCCACUAUGGAGACAGUGAGAAGCCACGCUGUGCAGGAUGUGAUGAGCUGAUCUUCAGUAAUGAGUACACUCAGGCUGAGGGCCAGAACUGGCAUCUGAAGCACUUCUGCUGUUUCGACUGUGACUGCAUCCUUGCCGGAGAGACGUAUGUCAUGGAGAAUGAAAAGCCUGUCUGCAAACCCUGCUACAUGAAGAACUACGCUGUGAACUGCUCGGCCUGCCAGAAUGCGGUGGAGCCCGAGGCCCAGAGGGUUUCCUACGGCGAGCACCACUGGCACGCAGAGCCGCAGUGCUUCAAGUGCUCCGGCUGCUCCAAGUGUCUGAUCGGCCAGCGCUUCAUGGCAGUGCAGGGCUUCCUCUUCUGCUCCGUGGAGUGCAAGAAGAAAACCAUGGCUUAGAGGGCCAAAACAACUCUCCCACAUCUUCUCCACAACCACUUGUGAAACCAGGACAGGUUCAGCUAAAACCAGAACCAGAGCAGGGAAAACAAACAUUGGUGCAGCUGAGCAGGGUCAGAGAUGGAUCGUGGUUGAGUGAAAAUAAAAUAGUGCCUGGUACAUCUAAUAUAGAAAUGUACAAUAAUAGUGAGUCCAUUUGCAUUUGGGUGCUCUUUCCUUUCUGUCCACCAAAGGCCACAGUAUUGAUAAAUCUGUCUCAACUGGGACACCUAAACUUCUACUGUGUAGUUUGUCCACUGCCUUAAAAUCAGUCGUCUUCCUUCCAGGUAGAAUUUUUUUGUUCUCUUUCACUCUUCUUGCACUGUGUUUUUGUACGGAUGACAUUCAUUUUGUAUUGGUCAGAGGUGGCAGUCCAGUUUUGUCAUGUUAAACCUGUGUCUGUUUAAUUAGCGCUGUUCUAAUGUUGAUUUUAUGUGCCACCGUUUACUGCUUCCUUCAUACAACAGACUACUGAUUCUCACCUUCCUCUGUGCAGCAAUACGACGAGCAAUAAUAAGCCAGGUCUGGGGUUGAUUAGCUUCCAGUGCUCUGUUUUCCAGAUCAAAGUGAAAUAUAAUAAUAAUAAUAAUAAUGAAAAACCUUUAUUUUCAAUCCAGUUAUUAUGCAGCAUAUUUCAAGUGCUUUGACCCCCACACACUCAUGCACACACUCUCUCUGUGAUAGCAGUAUAUUUGGCUGAAAGCAGCCAAUGUCAAAACCUACCAGUAUACACCACCAAUUACCAGUUUACGAUGUACACCUGUGCAAACUAUUGCCACACAAACAACAGCCCUGCAGUGAUGUGAUGGUAUAUAGACAGGUGUUCCUAAUAUCAUUCCCUUUGUGUUCGUUAAUGUGGGUAAACAAAGUGCACAAAGAUUUGGAAUACUGCAAGAAUGUCAGAUAGUACUAGAUUUUAUCUAAUGAACUGGUAACACUGUGUAAUGCAGUUCAAUACACAACAAAAACACCACGAACUAUGUCCUCAGAAAAUGCUGUUUAAUAGAUUUAACACCUGUCUGAUGCAGUUCAGCAUGAUCACAACUAUUCAGUUACUGUAUCAUCUUGCAUUUGAUUGUACAGAUGUUUCUUUGGCUAUUUAUUCUUUAUUUGGAUCCCCAUCAGCUUCCACAAAGUGGUCUAUAGUCUUGGAUUAAUUAAACAAAUGAAUAAUGAUUAUGUGCAAAAUAAAAAAUAUAUCAGUAAGUUAGUCAGUAAAUCAAACAAAAAAGGAUGUACAAAUCAAUCACAGACUGCAGAAAAUAUGUGUCCUCCCUCUGCAAGGACUUGAUUUGGAUUUGCCAGAAAAGUACAGUUUUUAUCCAAGUCUGCUUGUAUCACCCACUGGUCCCAUGAUAGAUAUAAACACUGUAAAAAUGUCCUGUAGGAGAAAUGGAAGGUUUUCCAUGGGUACCCAUAGGAUUGAUGGACUGAAGAAAAACACUGUAAACUGUCACACCUAAUUUUUUUUGUCACUUUAGUUUUGUUAUUUUUGUACCAUGUAAUUUCCUUUUCAUGCCAUGAACUGCACUUUAAAUUUUUUUUUUCCCCCCAAUGAUUUGGGUAAUAACUAAAUCCCUGAAAUAUGUCUCAGAAAUAUGAACAUGGCUUCACUAAUUAAAGCCCCUUCACAGUCAUUGUCCAACCACACAGCUGUUUUCACUUAUACUUGUUUGGACUUUUUCUCAGGACAGUGUAUGUGCAGACGACUCGACUGACACACCUGUAUCUCCUGUUAUAUUUAGCUGCACCUGUUGCAGCAGCAGCAGAACCUACUUACUGGUCUAAUGGGCAGGACCCUGAGACUUAAUGUACCCAGUGAAUGUUCUUUUAGCUACUGAAUUGAUGUGGCAGCACAGCUGAUCACCUGCUCAGCAACAACCAGUCAUGCAACAAACCAUGAAAGCAAAAUUACCCUCUUUUUAGAGGCCUUUUUUUUUUUUUUUUUUGUAAGACAUCUUGACUUGCCAUAGCUGGAAAACCACAGAGCAAACUAAUAACAUUAAUUGUACUUGUGUUCAUUGAAAUAUCUCAGUGAACCAGGUCUCUGAACCAGGACUCGAGCACAGGCUCACUUAAAUGGAAUGCAGCAUUCAUUAAUGUUAUUAAUUACACCUGUGCUGUGACAGGUCUUCCAUGAAAAGGGUCUCUUGGUGCAUUUAGUGCAGUGACCUCAUGUAUGGCUCCAACCUGAGCAGAGGUCUGAUCAGUAUAACUGAAAACACCUGUGUGGAUGUGCAGGGCCUUUGAAACUGCUAAUUAAGAUACAAACGAUGUCACGUCCAGACUACAUGCACAUCCAGAGUGUACAGACUAUGACCAGUGUGCAUUACUGUUUUGUACUGGAACAAGAAAUGAUUAAACUGCAUCUCUAAUGCCACUGCUGAUGAAAUGUUUUAGCAUGUAUCUUUCUGCUUUCCUGAAGAGUUUUGCCUCUGUUCAUUACCAGCCUUAUAGCCGACACCUCCCUGUGUUUCAUGGUCUGUAGGUGAAGCACUUUAAUGACCAGUAAAGCUCACUUUAACUCCCGCAGGACCCAUGUUGACCCAUGUGACCUAUGUUCUGACGUAUCAGUUGUUACACUCUGAUGGGAACUCUGUGAUAGGCCGGCCAUGAUGGAAAAACCACCUCUUGGGGUCUCGUGUUUUCAUUCACUAAGUGGAAACUGUGGACAAUUCAAGGAAGCUCCAUCUCUGAGGAGCCCCAUUGUCUUAAAUGGCCGUCUGCCCAAAGCCGUGCUGCUAUUUCCCCUCUUUCAACCAUAGCUCUACCAGACCUGAUGUGACCGAAUCACCUGGCCAGCUCCAGGAUCACCCAGUUGUAACCCCUCUCCAGCAUCCUCCUCUAUCCUUUCUCUGAUUUCCUCAUUUCAGAAAAUCCUUUCUUUUCCCUGCUCUUCUGUCACAGGAAGUCAUGGCAUUUUUGGCUGUAGGCUUGCUGCAUCAGUCUAAGAAUGAAAGCUUUUGUUUUCUGAAGAUAUAUAUGUGAGUGUUCCCCUGUUACCUUACCAGUGAAGGAAUUACAGUACACUGCAAACAGCGUAGGGGUAGGGGUGGGGUCUUCUUCCUGUAAUAUUGUGUGCCUGCUGGAAUUUGCAUGUGAUUUGUUUCAUACCUGAAUUUGCAUUGUGCUGCAGUUUAACACAGGGAUUUGCAUUGUAAUUCAUUUCUCAAUGGAAUUUGCAUUGUGUUGAAAAUUUACUGGAAUCCUCCCUUGACUCCAUCAAAUAUACCAAAUUUCCCUUG